AUAAUCCAAAACCUCAGCCAAAUGAAAUAAAAAUAUUUUAUCUUGAUGAAAAUGAAAAAUCUUAUAAACUGCUAAAAUUAAUAGAAUCUAACAAAUUAAAAGAAUUUAAAGUUUAUAAACAAAUAGGCCAAUAUUUUGAAAUUAAUA